GUGGCUGGAAACGCAGUCAUCUUGGACCGCAUAAUUGAAACGCGAGUCAUCAUGGAGCAGCCCGUUGAUAAGGAGACAGCCAAGGCCAAGUUCCGCUCGUCGCGUCUGUCCUGGAGCAACCAGGCUGAGCACAAACUGAAGCAAGAGUUGAGUGACAUCGCCAUCGCCAAGUGCCGCAGCGUGUCGGAGAAGUUUGCCGAGUGCGCGAAGGCCAACGGUCUCAUGGUAGCCUUCAAGUGCCGUGACCACAACAAGGCGCUCAACGCCUGCUUGCAUCAAUACACCAACGACGAGCAGUUCGAGAUCUACCGCAAGAGGCGCGAGAAAGAAAUGCUGCAUGAAGAGAAGGCCAAUUAGACCUGCACUAGCUGCACUAACCACCUCUGUAAGCGUCAGCAUUUCAUUAGAACAGAGAAGUUAACCCUCGUCUGUUGUUAUGGCGGCUAUUCAACCUACUUACUGCUUGCGCUGUCGCAGUCCACUGGCAGGGGCGGCGUCCACUGGAAAGUUAGCGAGAACCUCCUUGGCCGUAGCCAUAGCCUCCGUGGCAAUGAUCUUGCACGCAGCCUCCAGCUCCUUAGGCGAGUGAAUAGCAGUCACAGACACACGAAGACUGGGCAGCGGCUCCAGCGUCUGGUGGGUCUUGUAUCGCGGCGAGCAGAUAGCCACACCCUUGGCCAGGCACUUCUGCAUAACCGUAUCGCACACUUUACGCUGCAGAGCACGCUGGUUCUCCUCACUACCGACACGAGCCACAACUUCAGGCAAUAGACGCAGGUGCAGGAUGGGGGAAACAACAGCCUUGGAGAGGCUGUACACGCCCUGAACGCCUGCAGACAGAGAGUCAUGCGCGAGCUUAGCAUUGUCACGAAGCUUGGUGAAGAGCUCCGGCUCGUUCUUCAUAAUGCGGAUGGCUUCUGAGCAGCAGGCAGACGUGAAAGGUGGGGCCGAGGCCGAGAACACGUAGCCGGCACUGUUAAUACGUUGGUAGUCCACAACCUCCUGCGAACCCGUGCUAAAGCCGCCCACACUGGCAGUAGAACCAGCCAGCGAACUGCAGAUGAUAGCCACCUCCGACACGUCCAUACCGUAGUGUUCCGUCAGUCCACGGCCAGAUUUGCCUAAUACACCGAACGAAAAGCUUUCGUCCAGGAAGAGACGGAAGAAAUAUUUGUUGCACAGCUCCACUAUGUGAGGCAGGUCAAUCAUGUCGCCGUGGUUACGGAAAAGCGCCUCGGUCACAACAUAACGGCGUUGGCAGUCCGAGCCGCGCUUCUUCCGUUUAUCCUCGUCACGCACGCUCUUCAGUACACGCUCCAGAUCUUCCAGGUCGUUGUGCUUGUAGUAGAGAACAGUGCAGCGUGCCAGGUUAGCGCCCACCAGGAUCGAGUCGUUGCAGCCAUCGUCCAUGACGAUGAGGUCACCGCGCUUAGCAAAGGCCGGUAACACUGAUGAUGAGGUGGCUUCCGUGUCCGAAAAGGUGAUCGAGUCGGUCGUUCCCAUCAUCUGCGCGAUGUCUUUCUCGAGGAUCUCGUGCGUGUCGAUAGUGCCGUAGAAACCACGAGGUCCACAGGAGCCGCAGCCGUACUUAGUGAGUGUCUUGACAGCGACCUCUUUGAGUUCAGGGCGCGAGCCUAGGCCGAGGAAGUCGAAGGUGGCCAGGUUGAGCAGUGGCUUGCCAUAGCCCUGCAGUUUGAUGUGCGUGUCGGGCGUGGCCUCGACGAUACCGAUAGGCUUGGACUUGUUGACGUCCACGACGGCGUUGGGCGGGAUGAUGGGCUCGGGAGUCCACUCCUCGCACAGAUCAUCGAUCUCGCGCUCCGACAGUUUUGCGGCCGCGCCUUUGGGCUUGUCACGCUUGACGAACGUGAUGUAGAUGACGAAUACGAUGAGGAACGUCUCGAUGAUCACGUGUUCGGGACUGCGCUCGUAGAUGGAGCGGAUGUACUCGUAGUAGGAGCUGGGCGCGUUCGCGAAUGCCGCCUUGAUCUUGACGGUAUCCAGACUCAGCAGCGCCUAGCAGGUUAUCAUUCGCACAAAAUCAUUAGUAGAUCAUUAUAGGGCCUGUGAAAUCCGAUAACGAAAGAAACGGCGCUCACCUCCGCGA